AACAUUAAAACAACAAAAUUUGGACAUAAAAAAUUAGACAGGAUUCUCACUAUUUUAUCGACUACAAUAUUGUUAAAAUAAAUUGGACCAUAUACAAUUAUAUAUUAAGAUGACUUCAAACAAUAUUGGUUUUUUCAACAACAUCAGAAAAAGUUAUGGAAAUCUCCCUGUUAAACUUAUGAAGAGAUGGAUAAACAUUUCUAAACGUUUAGCAAGAUUAAAAAACCGAAAUCGCUACUUACUAAGAUGUAAAUCAAGUGGGUUUCUUCCUUCUCAUUUAAUUAAUUUAAAAACAGAAUUAUCUUUCGAUAAUCUUUCUUCUAACAAAAUUUUUAACAAUAAUACCUUUAAAUAUAAAAUCAGUGCUUUGAACAUUGAGAUUAAUGAUAUUAAUAUUUCUAUACCACAUUUGCAAUAUACUUUAAAUACACUAAAAAAUAAAAAAAUUUUUAAUUUAAUUGAUAAUGAAAAUUUUAAAAAUUUUUUCAAAAUUCAAGAAUUAUUCUUGGAUAAAUUUGAAAAACAACUCAUCAGAAAAAGUAUUUUAAAAUUCAACUGGUUAACAAAAAAAUUCUAUACAUUUCAUUUUAAUAAAAAACCAAAUCCAAAGUGGAUAAAGAACUUAUCGGACACAAAUAUUCCAAAUGACGUAUCUUAUUUCCUUAGUUUGGGAGAAAAGUUUUAUAUCAAUCCCACUAAUAAAUCUAAAGUUAUCGAGAAUACCCUAACAAUGGCUGAAGAAAAAAUUAACCUUAUUUUUGAAAAUAAAAGAGAUGCUUUCAGAAGCAAAUUAUCUAAUAUUUUACAAGAUUAUUUACUUAAAAAUUAUAAUAUUUUAAUAAAUCCACUAUACAAUAAUAUAAUUAAAAAAACACAACAAUUCUUUAAAGAACAUAAUAACUUAGUUAUUUGCAAAGCCGAUAAAGGCAAUGUUACAGUGAUUUUAAAUAAAAAUGAUUACCUUGAAAAAUGCUUACAUUUACUAAAUGAUAAAAAAAUUUACUCACCCCUAAAAAAGGACCCAACUCAAAUUAUACAACGAAACUUAAAUAAUAAAGUUGAUUUGCUUCUGAAAAAAUCAUAUAUAAACUGCCCCAUGUCGAGACACUUAAAAUCAUAUAACUCAUUGGCACCUAAAUUUUACGGACUACCAAAAAUUCACAAAACACAAAUACCUAUGAGACCAGUCACUUCUUUCUGUGGAUCUCCUACAUAUAACUUGUCAAAAUUUAUAAGUAAUCCUAUUAAAAAGAUUAUUGGAAAAACCGAAUUUCAUAUAAAAAAUAGUUUCGAAUUUUGUAAAAAAAUUAAACAUUACAAAAUUCCCGAUGACUUUAUAUUGGUUUCUUUAGACGUAAAGUCAUUAUUUACUAAUAUUCCAAAACAAUUGGUUUUAAAAUGCGUCAAAUUAAAAUGGAAAUACAUUAGAGAACACACAAAAAUGCCUGAUAAUAUUUUUUUAGACAUUUUGGAUUUCUGUAUUGAAAAUGCUUAUUGUUGUUUCAAUGAUGUGUUUUAUAAACAAACCUUUGGAACCCCAAUGGGUUCUCCAUUGUCUGGUGUUAUUGCCGACUUAGUAAUGGAGAAACUUGAAAAUGAUGUUCUGAAGAAGUUGGACUUUCGUUAUAUCUUUUAUUUUAGAUAUGUGGAUGACAUUAUUAUAUGCAUUCAUAAAAACAAUGUCAAUAAACUAUUAAACACCUUUAACGGAUAUAAUGAGAAUUUACAAUUCACCAUUGAAAUUGAAAACAAUGGACAAAUUAGUUUUUUAGAUACCCUUCUCAUUAGGGAGAACGAUUCUAUUAUUACAAAUUGGCACCAUAAAGAUACUUUCUCUGGUAAAUACUUAAAUUUUAAUUCUAAUGCUUCUAUUAAAGACAAAAUUUCUAUAAUUUAUGGUUUAGUAGAUAGAGCAAUUAAACUUUCAGAUAUUAAAUUCUAUACUGAUAACCUAAAUUUUAUAUACAAUAUCUUAAUAGAAAAUGAUUAUCCACAAAAUUUCUUAACAAAAUAUAUUAAUAAACGUUUUGAAAAUUUAUUUAUUAAUGAUGAUAAUAAUACUAAUAAAAUACCAUUUGAUUUUUCUAAUUUAGUAGUUUUACCUUACGUAAAUGAGUUACAUUCUUCUUUUAAAAAAUUAUAUAAUGAACAUAAUAUUAGAGUCGUUUUCACUUAUGAUAAGGACCCCUUUAAAAUUUUCAUAAAAAAUAAAGAUCCUACACCUUUUUUAUUCAAAAAUCACGUAGUUUAUCACAUUCCAUGCCAAUGUGGAGCAUCCUACAUUGGUGAGACAGAAAGAUAUAUUAAAGACAGAAUAAAUGAACAUAAAAGAGAUUGCAAGUAUGACAAUAGAAAAUCCGCCCUUGUAAUUCAUUCACAUGAAAAUGAUCAUAUUUUUAAAUUCGAUGAUACAAGCAUUAUAUGUAAUGAAACAAAACUUAAGCGUAGAAAAUUCAGAGAAAUGUUUUACAUUCUUAAAACUCAAAAUUCCGUAAAUAAACAAACUGAUUUAAAUAAUUUAAAUGAAAUUUAUCACUCUCUGAUUCUCAGCACUGAUUAAUAAAGAAAUUUUCAAAUUUAAAUUUUCGUUCAAUUUAAGUCGGUCAUAUAGAUACCUUCUUAAUCAUAUAACGAUUAAUAUAUAUUAGUAAUUCUCCAAUUCUCUAAUUGUACCUUUAAAAAUGUGACAAACUCAUUUCCACUCACUUAUCUCCAUUAAAAUAUUAUAAAUAUUAUCAAGAACAAUCAUGUUCUUGAUAAUUAAUAAUUUAUUUAUAAAUAAGGAUAAUUAAAAAAUAUUAAUGAGGAAACCCUCUUGAUAAUAUGUCUGAAGAGGCCUACCGUUGGCAGGCGAAAGCUAAUAAAGCAAAUUAUGAUAAUAAAUGGAUUUUUAAAUAAACAAACCAAACAACUCACUACAAAUUAAUUAUCCAAACAAAUUAACAACCUAAC